GCGGGCUCGACGAGGCGGCUGACGGGGCGGCGGCGGGCGGACAGCCGGGCGCUCCUCGGGAUUCGGCGGCGGCGUCUCCAUGGGUCCGGGCAGCCGCGCCACUGUGCUGUGAGUGCUUCCACCGCUCCAAGGAGACGGCAUUCAGAGUUCUUGGAUAAGUUGGCCUUGUGAGGAGCUGGCAAUAAUUGAUUCAAUCUCUAGGUUUUCUGCAGGCACACUGAGAGCCAUGAGCAGCUUUACGAAGGAAGAGUUGGACUGCCAUAUCCUCGAUGAAGGCUUUACUGCUAAGGACAUUCUGGACCAAAAAAUCAAUGAAGUCUCUUCCUCUGACGAUAAGGAUGCUUUCUAUGUUGCGGACCUCGGAGACAUUCUAAAGAAGCAUCUGAGGUGGCUAAAAGCUCUUCCCCGUGUUACUCCCUUUUACGCAGUCAAGUGUAAUGACAGCAGAGCCAUAGUGAGCACCCUGGCUGCUAUCGGGACAGGAUUUGACUGUGCAAGCAAGACUGAAAUACAGUUGGUGCAGGGGCUUGGGGUGCCUCCAGAGAGGAUUAUCUAUGCAAAUCCAUGUAAACAAGUGUCGCAAAUCAAGUAUGCUGCCAGUAAUGGAGUCCAGAUGAUGACUUUUGACAGUGAAAUUGAAUUGAUGAAAGUUGCCAGAGCACAUCCAAAGGCAAAGUUGGUUUUACGAAUUGCCACUGAUGAUUCCAAAGCAGUUUGUCGCCUCAGUGUUAAGUUUGGUGCCACACUCAAAACCAGCAGGCUUCUCUUGGAACGGGCAAAAGAACUAAAUAUUGAUGUCAUUGGUGUCAGCUUCCAUGUGGGCAGUGGAUGUACUGACCCUGAGACCUUCGUGCAGGCAGUAUCAGAUGCCCGCUGUGUAUUUGACAUGGGAACAGAAGUUGGCUUCAGCAUGUAUCUGCUUGAUAUUGGUGGUGGCUUUCCUGGAUCUGAAGAUACAAAGCUUAAAUUUGAAGAGAUCACCAGUGUAAUCAACCCAGCUCUGGACAAGUACUUCCCAGCAGACUCUGGAGUGAGAAUCAUAGCCGAGCCAGGCAGAUACUAUGUUGCCUCAGCUUUCACACUUGCUGUCAACAUCAUUGCAAAAAAAACCGUGUGGAAGGAGCAGACCGGCUCUGAUGAUGAAGAUGAGUCAAGUGAGCAAACCUUCAUGUAUUAUGUGAAUGAUGGAGUAUAUGGAUCAUUUAACUGCAUUCUUUACGAUCAUGCACAUGUGAAGGCCCUGCUGCAGAAGAGACCCAAACCAGAUGAGAAGUAUUACUCAUCCAGCAUCUGGGGACCAACAUGUGAUGGCCUUGAUCGGAUCGUUGAGCGCUGUAACCUGCCUGAAAUGCAUGUGGGCGAUUGGAUGCUGUUUGAGAACAUGGGUGCAUACACCGUUGCUGCUGCUUCUACUUUCAAUGGAUUCCAGAGGCCAAACAUCUACUAUGUGAUGUCACGGCCAAUGUGGCAACUCAUGAAGCAGAUCCAGAGCCAUGGCUUCCCGCCGGAAGUGGAGGAGCAGGAUGUUGGCACUCUGCCCAUGUCUUGUGCCCAGGAGAGCGGGAUGGACAGUCACCCUGCCGCCUGUGCUUCUGCUAGGAUCAACGUGUAGAUGCCAUUCUUGUAGCUCUUACCUGCAAGUUUAGCUUGAAUUAAGGCAUUGGGGGACCAUUUAACUUAAUUACUGCUAGUUUGGAAUGUCUUUGUAAGAGUAGGGUGGCACCGAUGCAGUAUAUGGAAGGCUAGGAGAUGGGGGUCACACUUACUGUGUUCCUAUGGAAACUUUGAAUAUUUGUUUUAUAUGGAUUUUUAUUCACUUUUCAGACAUGAUACUAACGUGUGUCCCUCAGCUGCUGAGCAAGCAUUUGUAGCUUGUACAUUGGCAGAAUGGGCCAAAAGCUUGUGUUGUGACCCAUUUUGAAAAUAAAAUAUCUUGAAAUAAUUGGGAAUGUUUGCAAGUAUCCCUUGAAGAAGGCACAAAAUUCUACACAUGCUGCUGUAUCACAAGGCUGUGCCCUCUCUGUACUGCAGCAGUCUGCUUAGCCCCUCCCAAGUGUGUGCAGUUGGCUGUGAACUUUGGUGCCCAGAGUCUGUUGGUAAGGAAUGUCAUCUGCCUAGUGAACUGUUGGCCUGGCCACUUCCUAGAGAGGGCAUCUGAGGCUCUUUGAACCUUGCCUGCAGAAGCCCUGACUGUUCCUCAACCUUGACUUCAGCUGCAUCACCACAUAGUAACAGUUGAAAGUACCAUACAGCAUUUGGCAGUCAACUUCCUGUAAUAAAUUCAACAACAGCAA